AUUACCACUCAGCCAUCAGUUGGUAAUACAGUAUCGGAACGUUUUACCACUCAACCAUCAGUUUGUAAUACGGUAUUGAAACGGUUUACCGCUCAACCAUCAGUUGGUAAUACAGCAUCGAAACUAUUGACUACUCACCCAUCAGUUGGUAAUUCAGUAUCGCAACUAUUGACUACUCAAUCAUCAGUUGGUAAUACAGUAUCGGAACUAUUGACAUCCCAACCAUCAAUUGGUAAUACAGUAUCUAAACUAGUGACAAAACAACCAUCAAUUAUUGGUAAUACGGUAUCUGAACUGCUGAAAACUCAACCACCAGUUGGUAAUACAGUAUCCAAACUUGUGACAAUUCAACCAUCAGUUGGUAAUACGCUAUCUGAACUGCUGAAAACUCAACCACCAGUUGGUAAUACAGUAUCUAAACUAGUGACAUUUCAACCUUCAGUUGGUAAUACGGUAUCUGAACUAUCGACAACUCAACCAGCAGUUGGUAAUACAGUAUCUGAACUAAUGAAU